AUGUCUCUCGCAUCUGGUGUUCAAAUUCAGGAUGAGUGCAUCAACGCAUUCAACAAGUUCCGCAUGACGGGCGGCACAAAGGGUGCUAAGCCCAAGUUCAUCAUCUUCAAGAUCGCCGACAACAAGAAGGAGGUUGUAGUGGAUGAGAUCUCGGAGGACCAGGACUAUGAAGUUUUCCGCACCAAGCUCGAGGAGGCCAAAGAUUCCAAGGGAAACCCUGCACCCCGUUACGCCGUCUACGAUGUCGAGUACAGCCUAGGUGACACUGAGGGCUCUAGGAGCAAGAUUAUCUUCAUCUCUUGGGUGCCUUCCAACACCCCAACCCUCUGGUCCAUGAUCUACGCCAGUACCCGGGAGGUUCUGAAGAACGCUCUUAACGUCCACAACUCCAUCCAUGCCGAUGACAAGUCCGAGAUUGAAUGGAAGGCUGUCCUUGCCGAGGCCAGCGGUGGCAAGGCCAAAUAG